AGUCUAGUGCAGUCCGUGAUCCACAGUGGCCCACAGCGUAGAUCGCUGCAGACCAUCGUCGACUUCAAUCAUUCAUCCAUCUGAUUUCAUUGAGCUACCUCGAUUGAAGAUUCAUAUUCUCAUGUCAACAUACUACCUAGGUGAUUUCAAUGCUGCUCCGAGCGGUCUUGGCAGAACCGGUCCAGUAGGCGAUUUCCGAGCCAAGGGGCUUUCGUCCACCCUCAAUACUCGGUAAUCAGUUCCAAUCAAUCGGCAUCAAGGGGCCCCUUUUGUGGCUUUCAGUGGAAUCGGGGGCGAUAUCCCGCAACUGCUCGGUACCUCUCGCAAUAAUAGUUCCAUGCCUAAAAUUCAGAAGACAAGUGAAUCGACUUAUAUCUUUCUCAAAAUCGAGGACAGUACACUAGAUGACGUUGACCAAACUUCUUAUCGGACUGACCUUUUCGAUUUGGAUUUACAACCCCCGGCUCAAGGGCUGGGGGCUCUUGAAAUACUCCCUCUUGAGAUGAUUCAAAUGGCGCUCAUCCUCCUCGACAUGCAGUCGCUGACUGAUUUUCGACGCGUCAACAAGAGCGCAAGGCUGAUAACGAACUCCAUUCCACAAUAUAGGCAUAUCCGCGUCCACGCACCGGCAUUAAUUCGCGCGAGCCUCAACAUAGAAACUGCACGGUUCUUUUCGUGUCAGGAACUGUACGAGAAACUAUGUACGGCUGAAUGUGAUAGCUGUGGUGAUUUCGGCGGAUACAUCUAUUUGGUCACCUGUCGUCGCGUUUGUUUUCUAUGUUUCACUGAGAAGACUGAAUACCUCCCCCUACUGCGGACUGAUGCGAUCCGCAAAUUUGGACUUUACCCUCAACACUUACCGGGCUUACCUUGCAUGAAAAGCUUCCCUGGCUGUUAUUCGCCCCUAGAGCUCAGAUGUCGACAACGACAAACAUUAUUCGAUUAUUCCGCAGCACGACAAGCUGGCAUUGUUGCCCAUGGGACAAUUCACUCCAUGGAGAAAUACGCGUCGGAAACGCUAGCCAAGAGACUGGCGACCUACAAUUCGAAAUUGUCUACUCGCAGAACAGGCGGAGCGCGCCCGCGGCCUCCCAGGCUUGAAGAUUCUUUUGAUGGACAAUGUUCUAAUCCGAAGCGUUUCAUGGGCAUUAUACGCGCCCCGUUCUUUAAUCAACAAACUGGGUCUCUUGAAUGGGGACUUCAUUGCAUUGCUUGCGAAUCUCAUCAUUAUCAUCGGCCGCUUCACUGGCGUCGUGAGUUUACAGUAAAGGGGUUUCAGGAUCAUAUUUCAGAAUGUGGAGAGAUAAAGGAGGGUAAACAUAUUUCUCAAUAUUUCAUAAGGCCUCCCUCCUCUCAGUUCCCUCCUCCCAGUUAUCCACCUUCCUUGUCCAGCAUUCUCCUGUCUGCGCAUUUCGUCUUUGCCGGGCUUCACCAUAUGUCGUGCACACAUGUGGACUGAAUUCUGCAAUGGCUCCCGCUUCACGGGAGAACAUUUGACAUUCGUGCCUUGCCGUGCCUCGCAUUGUUUGAACGUCUCAUUC